AUGCUUGCCAAUAUUACACGUCAGCUCAUUCGGGUAAUACAAUUCUUGAGUGCCCUUGGUACACUCAUUGGCCAUUGCAAAGAGACUGCCUUCAUCAAUGUCUACGAAACAUUAAUCGACAACGAUACAUCCGAUGCAAUGUCGGAUACCUUUGUACCUCAAGUACCAUCCGUAGUACUGUUUCUGGUUUCUGCACUAUCAAUGGUUGCUAGCUUGACAAUUGCCGCGUUAGCAUUUCGCAGGGUGGUUAGGAUUCAGCGCAUUGAACGUGCAGUAGCCUUCUGUAUGGUACUGUUGUGGGGUAUUUCUGUUACUGCUGUUUUCGCGUUGGAUGGACAGUUCUUCACGGCCAACGACGCCGAUUCUCCUUCUGACACGAACGACACCGAUUACAACGUCGAGAUACAACUUAUUACCUCGAUUGAUGUCACUAGGGCACUGGCUUUGGUGGCUCUUGCAAGUUGGAUAGCUGGUUUGAUGGGCUCUUUGUUGUCAGACUGCUUUUCCGACUGCCGACAAACUCAUGACAUGGAGGAAAAGGCUCAACUGAGUAACUGGCCACUGAAUAUGACAGCCCCACCGGAAUACAGUGAACGAUAUGGAGAAUUGCCUCACCACACAUCUUUGAAACCUCCUUCAACUUUAACUUCAAGCUCAUCGUAUAAUCGAAACUCUUUCUACAAAACACCUAUGGAAGUUGCUACUCGUUCCAACUCUCCCAUGGUCCUUAGUCAUUAUGAGGACAUGUCUUCUACGCACAGUUGGGAAUCGUCUAGCCCUUCCAGUCCUCUAACUCCAACGCAUGGCUUGGAGUUACCGCUCCAGGCACAUAGCAUACCUGACGACCCAGCCACAACCAACGGCCUGCGCCCCUUUUCAGGCAUCCCAACUAUCCGAAUCCUGCCCGAUGGUCCUGAGCAAGAUGUGUUGCCAACUUCAUUUGCAUAUCUUAUCACUAAUCCCAAACCUGUGGCUAGUCUUCGUCGCGCCAGUUCUUUGGGUUAG